GAGAGAGAGAGAGAGAGAGAGAGAGAGAGAGAGAGAGAGAGAGAGAGAGAGAGUUAGAGAGAGAGAGAGAGAGAGAGAGAGAGAGAGAGAGAGAGAGAGAGAGAGAGACAGAGAGAGAGAGAGAGAGAGAGAGAGAGAGAGAGAGAGAGAGAGAGAGAGAGAGAGAGAGAGAGAGAGAGAGAGAGAGAGCAUUCGGGAAGGAGGCGAAUUGCAUCGUUGUUUCAAACGCGUGCAGCUGCGAGCGGAUCAGGUUAGACGCUGGAAACCAAACAGGCUUUUGCCAUCUGCAAACCAUCUCAAGGCUUUUCCUCUCGACAUCAACCGUCUUCAGAGCUUGCACAGACUGACGUCUCACUACAUGGGUUGGAUUUAUAUUCAGUGAAGACUCAUGGAAUCGUAUGGUGGAUGGAUUGCCAUCUCCUCCUGGAAUAAAAGAGUCAUUCAGUCGUUCUGUAUCAGAGACCGCGAGUGAGCGCAGGUCGUGCCAGAGAAAGAGGAAAGGAUGCAACUGAAGCCCAGUAAAAGAGCUUUGCCCCGAGGGAGCCUCACCGAGAUGUCAGGUCCCGGGGGCCACUGACCCUUUGUCCAAAUGAUCUAUGGCUAAAAACCAGCCGCUCCAUCCGCUGCGUUCAGUCCCUGCAUCCAAAACACAAAAAUCAUUUAAAAGGUUUUCUUUGCGGUACCACGUAAACCAGAACCGGCUUACGGAGGAGAGGACUGUACUUUACCUCGAGGAACUCUGACCCCGAUGCAUCCUCUCAUCACCUUCCGUUACCAUGACGACGAGAGAGAGGAUUACCGCAUGUCAUCUGAGAAUGCUGAGGUUGUGCGGUCCGACGCGAUCGAUACGACCCCACUGAUAAAUGAGCGGAUUUCUCGUGCGUUGGGUCGGAGAAGAAUCAUCUGCCAGGACGGAGAUUGCGCAAUUAGCUUGGCUAUUUAUGAGUUGUGUUACCGUGGCGAUGUACUGCAGUACAAACUUUGUAUCGUUUAACACCGUUUCUCAAGAAUCAGAAUCGAUACACGACCCUGGCCAAGCUAUGAAUCAAACUGUCAGCUGGUGGCAAAUGGGUUUUGGGGAGAAUCCUGUCUUCGCGGGUGUACCUUUGGACUUUUAGAAAUUAAAGCUCUCUCCGACCGGAUACGUAAACGUCCCGUAUUUAUUUUCAAACUGUGCCCAAAAAGCAAAUCAACGGAGGGGACGACGUUACCGCGAGCGAGCGCAUGCCGUGGUGGCCCUCAGCAUGGUGUUGCCACCACCGGACAAGCGGCAUGUGUGUCUCACCACCUUCGUCAUCAUGACAAGCAUGGCCUUCAUGGACGCCUACCUAGUGGAGCAGAACCAGGGCCCGCGCAAGAUCGGCGUCUGCAUCAUUGUGCUGGUGGGAGACGUCUGCUUUCUCAUAGUCCUCCGUUACGUGGCGGUGUGGGUGGGUGCGGAGGUGCGGACGGCCCGGCGCGGCUACGCCAUGGUCCUCUGGUUCCUCUACAUCUUCGUUCUGGAGAUCAAGCUUUACUUCGUCUUCCAGAACUGUAAGGCCGACCGCAAGAGUUUGGAGACGGUGGCCAGGAAGGCGUUGACUCUGUUGCUAUCCGUGUGCGUGCCGGGUCUCUAUCUGGUUCUGGUGGCUCUGGACAGCAUGGAAUACGUUCGGACCUUUAGGAGGAAAGAGGACAUGAGGGGCCGGCUCUUCUGGGUGGCCCUGGACUUGUUGGACUUGCUCGACAUGCAGGCGAACCUCUGGGAGCCCCAGCGGACGGGUCUGCCCAUUUGGGCGGAAGGUUUGAUGUUCUUCUACGGUUACAUUUUGCUGCUGAUUCUCCCCUGCGUGUCUUUGAGCGAGAUCAGCGUUCAGGGCGACCACGCGUCUCCGCAAAAGAUGAUGCUGUAUCCUCUCCUCAGUCUGGUCACCAUCAACGUCGUCACCAUCCUCAUACGUGGAGUCAACAUGGUGCUCUUUCAGGACAGCCGGGUUUCAACCAUCUUCAUCGGAAAGAACGUGGUGGCCAUCGCCACCAAGGUGUGUACCUUCCUCGAGUAUCGGAAACAGACGAUGGAAUUCCCCGCUCGGGAGAACGCCUCCGGUAUUCCCAUGGAAGUCCAGCAGAACUCUGUAGGACACGGACAGGCUUUGCCCAACGCUACGAGCCUUCCGCACGAACCCACUCCAGCGCGAGAGAUCAUGGAUACAUGACAUGACAUAAGAAAACACAAAACGUAUGUUUGGCACAGUUGUAAGAGAAAGUGACUCAUUUCAUGUCAACUCAACCAGAAGUUGGAAUUUUGCUUUAUCAUAGACGUCUCAUGAUGAAAUGUUAACGUUAAACCCAAAUUGUACAAUCAUACCGUGUAUAUGAUAAAAAAUAAAGAAAGGAUCCGAGAUGAAACGUACACAUUUGAAGUCGAAACAAGACCCUAGAAUAUAAUAAUAUAAAACUAACGACAACUCAAAAAAAUUGUCAACACUCUCUAAAGAAAAUAAAACAUUGAGAGAUGUCAUGUUUUAAUUUAACAGGAUUUGUAUGAUCGCGGUACAUAAAGAGAGAUUUUUUAUAUGAAUGAAAGAAUAGUGUAGUGUAAUAUAAAGCCAAAUGUUAGAACAUUUUUAAGAUGCAUAAAUCAACACUUUUUUAAAUAAAUGGAUCCGGAGGUGACCAAUCAGGGCAAAAGCUCACCAAAAAAAUAUAUAAAUUAUUUUACAGAAUAGUGCAAAAAAUGUCAAAGUGCACGAUGCAAGACGUUUAAGUCAUUAAAACUGUAUAAAAGGGAUAGUAAAAAUUCUGUCAUUUACUCACUCUUUUGUCAUUUCAAACCUGUAUGACUUUCUUUCUUGCGCAGAACACAUUAGAAGAUAUUUUGAAGAAUGUUGUUAACUGGACCCCAUUCAUUUGCAUUGGUUUUGUGUUCAUACAAUAGAAGUGAAUGGGAUCCAGUGCUGUUCGUUUCCCAACUUUCUUUAAAAUAUCUUCUUUCGUGUUCUGCGGAAGGAAGGAAGUCAUUAGGUUUGAAACAACAAGAUGAUGAGUAAAUAAUGACAGACUUUCCUUUUUUGGGUGAUUUAUCACUUUAAAGUCAUAAUUUGUUUGGGUGAAUCGUUUAGUCUAGACCAUUUUUUUAACAAAAACAUCUGACAUCCUUGACUAUUUCAUAUGUAGCCUAAAGAUUGACCUUUGAGCUGAAAGAAUUAUAAGUGAUGUAAUAGGUGUCUCCCCUUUUAACAAAUGGCCACCACAAAUGCAGCUAAAAAGGAUGAUUUUUCAUAUUAUGACCACAAAAAUCUGCUGGCAAUGCGUUCAUACCUUAAUCAGACCUCAACACUAAAAACAAACACAAUUUUAUGAAAAAGUCUUCCAUACAUGUUUUCUUGAUAUAUAAGAGUCAUACAAUAAUUGUAGAGGAGACACUAGAAGAUCAGACAGAGCACAUGAAUGGUGUCUAAAAAUGAGAAAAGAAAAGACUCUAUUUACUCACUCCUGACAGAAGUUGAGUUGAUAUGAAAUGACUUCUGUCGGCUCCUUUGACACAGCGAGAAGCUGAAGCAUUGUGGGGUUUCUAUUUCUGUUACGGUCUAGUGACUUACAGUAUGAGGUCAAAUAAAAGUGGGGGCACAGUAAAGACUGCUGUACAAAAUAUUUCUCACGUCCAUCGGCUGUGUCUGAUGUUCAGGUGACAUCAGAUAUUUAUCUCUUUUACACACAUCCUGAAUGGAGAUUUAGCACUGCGCGUGUAUGAGUUUGUGUUGGCUUUACAGAUAUUAGUAUAUUUGAAAGACUGAACAGAGGAGGACGAGAGAGGUACAGUAUAAAAAUAAUAAUCGUGCAGAUAACCAUUAUGGAGUUGCUUUCCCUCAGAAAAUAAAAACAGAGAAUGCACUUCUUGGAUCGUAUAUGGAUACGUAAAUUAUUAUUAUUUAUUAUUAUUAUUGUGUACUUGCUUUUUUUACGUUUUUGUUCAAGGAUUCAGCUGUUUAAUAAAAAA